AUGCCUACCUCAACUAAGAAACGUGCUGCUACUGACGAUGGCGCAGCUUCAUCCAACGGAAGAGCAGCUAAGGUUCAGAAGACUGCGAAUGGGAAGAAGGCAGUGAAGCCUCCAGCGAUGUCCGCGUCCGAGUUCCAGGUUAAGGCUUUGCCGCUCCACGUCAACAUUACCCAUACGCCUCCUUCCAUUGAAAAGAAGGACAACAAGGACGAUGAAAAGGAAGAGACCCCGUCGAGUGAGAGCGACGCAGCACUUGAAGCCACGCUUGACCCAGGCCUCAUCGGAAGUCUCACCCUCCUCCCCAACACCUUCUCCACUGGCAGCUACGGAUGGAAAGGCGCGAGACGGAUUGUGGUUGAGCUUCAGAAUGGAAAGAUUGGUGAGGACGGAAAGAGGGAGAAGGUUCAAGUCAUGUUGACGAUCAAUGCUACGGUACUCGGAAGCAAACCUGCGGGUAAAGCUGACGAUGACGAGUCGGAGAAGGCUGAUAAAGACGAAGAAGCUGAAGCUAGCGAGGCGGUCUCUGCAGAAGAAUCCAAAGACUGA